ACUCAUGCGACGGAACUUACCACGUGGGAAGGAUUUAGCUGUGUCGAUGAGGUAAACAACCGCAGUGUAGCUUGGCUGUAUUUAUCCAUAAAAUAUAUAUUUCCAUUUAAUUUUGAACAAGCCUUAAGUUUUUGCUUUGUAAAGCGGUUCUCUCUAGACCAUGCCCCACAACCCCGAUCAUCCUCCGGCGAAGAAAUUUAAGCCGGGGUCUCCUUUUUUCCGUCUCGACAAGAAGCCUGGGAUGCUGCUACCUAGAAAGGAAAAUGCAUCGGUACCAAUAGACGUGCAAAGGAAAAAUCUUCCCAUUUACCAGGCGAAGUCUCAACUCAUGAACCAGCUUAGACAGCUUCAUAAUGCUGUAUUGAUAGGUGAGACGGGUUCUGGGAAGACCACCCAGAUUCCUCAGUACCUGUAUGAAGCUGGCAUCGCGCGACAGGGCAUCGUCGCUGUGACACAGCCCCGCCGAGUGGCAGCUAUCUCCCUGGCAACGAGGGUAGCAGAGGAGAAGAGAACUCAGCUGGGGAAGCUGGUCGGCUACACGGUGCGAUUUGAGGAUGUCACCUCCUCGGAGACGAAGCUGAAGUUCAUGACAGAUGGUAUGCUCCUGCGUGAGGCCAUAGGAGACCCCUUACUGCUACGCUACACUGUGGUGGUGCUGGAUGAGGCCCACGAGCGCACUGUGCACACUGACGUGCUUUUCGGAGUGGUGAAGGCUGCCCAGCGCAAACGCAGAGAACAGAACAAGGUCCCCCUCAAGGUGAUUGUGAUGUCAGCCACCAUGGAUGUGGACCUGUUCUCUCAGUACUUCAACAAGUCCCCUGUGCUGUACCUGGAGGGCAGGCAGCACCCCAUCCAGAUGUACUACACCAAGCAGCCCCAGUCGGACUACCUGCAGGCUGCCCUGGUCUCAGUCUUCCAGAUCCAUCAGGAAGCCCCUGCGUCACAUGACAUCCUGGUGUUCAUGACAGGACAGGAGGAGAUAGAGGCGCUGGCUCGUACCUGCCGUGACAUCGCCAAGCACCUCCCUGACAGCUGUGGUCCCAUGACUGUCAUCCCUCUGUACGCCUCCCUACCCCCUGCUCAGCAGCUCAGGGUCUUUCAGCCUGCCCCUAAGGGUUGUAGGAAGGUAAUCCUGUCAACCAACAUUGCAGAGACGUCGAUCACCAUCUCGGGGAUUAAAUACGUCAUUGAUACAGGCAUGGUGAAAGCAAAACGCUUCAACCCAGAGAGCGGUCUGGAGGUGUUGGCAGUACAGCGGGUAUCUAAAGCCCAGGCGUGGCAGAGGGCGGGCAGGGCUGGCAGAGAGGACGCCGGCUCUGUCUACCGUCUCUACACCGAGGAUGAGUUUGACAACCUCAUCCCCAUGACUGUGCCUGAGAUACAAAGGUGUAACCUGGCCAGUGUCAUGCUACAGCUUCUGGCUCUGGGGAUCCCUGACGUGAUGAACUUUGACUUCAUGUCUAAGCCUUCUCCUGAGGCGAUGCGUUCGGCUGUGGAGCAGCUUGAUCUGCUCGGGGCUGUAGGGAGGAAAGGUGAGCAGGUCACCCUCACUCCUUUGGGCAAGAAGAUGGCCAGCUUCCCCCUGGAGCCACGCUAUGCCAAGACCAUCUUGCUGUCACCAGACUUCCAGUGUUCCGAGGAGGUGCUGACCAUCGUGUCUCUGCUGUCAGUGGACUCGGUGCUCUACAACCCGCCCGCACGCCGAGAGGAGUGCCUCGCCGCACGCAAGAAGUUCACCACCAGCGAGGGAGAUCACUUGACCCUGCUCAACAUCUACAGAGCCUUCAAGAAAGUAAACGCCAACAAGGAGUGGUGUCGGGAGAACUUUGUCAACAGCAGGAACAUGAGCAUGGUUGGAGAGGUCCGUGCACAGCUCCGAGAGAUCUGCCUUAAGCUGAGCAUGAAGCUGGAGUCGUGUGGGUCGGACACGGGGAGCGUGCGUCGCUGCCUGGCCCACGGUCUGUUUGUAAACGCUGCAGAGCUACAGCCAGAUGGCAGCUACACGGCCCUGGAUACCCACCAGCCUGUUGCCAUCCACCCCUCCUCUGUCCUCUUCCAGGCCAAGCCUGCCUACGUGGUCUUCAACGAGCUCCUGCACACCUCAAAGUGCUACAUGAGGGACCUGUGUCUGGUGGAUGCUGAUUGGCUGGUCGAGGCCGCGCCUGAGUACUUCCGCCGGAAGUUACGCCCCACCAAGAGCUAGCCUCUGAUUGGACAGAACUCGGGGGUGAUAAGAGACUACAGCAGAACCAAAGCUCCCUGAGCAGUGACACACCUGCCCCACCUCUCCCUCAGUGUCAAUAGAAACUGGAUGGAGGCAUGAUGGGAAGAACAUCUUUCUACUCUUUCCUGUUUGCUGAAUCGCUCGUUUUUGUUUACACAAAGCGUAGAAAGAUUCUUCAGUACUGUGUGUGUGUGUGUGUGUGUGUGUGUGUGUGUGUGUGUGUGUGUGUGUGUGUGUGUGUGUGUGUGUGUGUGUGUGUGUGUGUGUGUGUGUGUGUGUGUGUGUGUGUGUGUGUGUGUGUGUGUGUGUGUGCCAGUCGAAGACAGAACAUUUAGCAUUUGGUCUGACAGUUUGGCAGCGUUCAGACAAGCAGCCCAAUUCUAAACUUUUUUUUUUACUAAUUGAUCUUUUGAAUAAUCAGAUCAGCUCUGAAACAUAUUUGAUGUGAUUGGUUAAUAAGACCAAUUAGUGUGUGGGGGGGGGGGUCAGAAUUGGGCUGCCUGUCUAAAUUCAGCCAAGUAGAGGGAGGUCUGAGUGAGGGUUCUUCUCUGGGUUCUUCUUCCUAGUCAUGGGAAAGUAGAGGGAGGUCUGAGUUAGGGUUCUUCUCUGGGUUCUUCUUCCUAGUCAUGGGAAAGCGGCCCUGUUUUAUUACAGCAGACGUCUGCUGAACCAUAGAAGAGAGAGAUCCCCUGGCCUAGAACGUUACUAUGGUUACGAACUAAUGUUCCCGUUGCUAUGGUUACGAACCGACCUUCUCGUUCUUCAUUCUACUCUCCUCUACCUGUUGGCUAAUCAUUGCCUGUUGCCACAUAUUUGCUUCACAACCAGAAAUGAGGUUUCAUCAUGAUUUGAGUUCAAACACUGAUUCUAAAUAUCUGCAUGUUUCUUAGCAACAUAGAUUUAACCCACAGAAGUGGGAUGGCAUGGUUAUUCCUUCAAACAAAUAUAUUCCAACAACUGACUUGAAUUGGCUGUUCAUAUUUAAAUUCUGGCCCCUGGUCUAACUUAUUGGCUGUUUGUCACUUGCUUAAAAAACAGGGGACACAUGUAACAUAAAUGCCAUUCCAUGUACAUAAUAUUUUCUGUUGAAAAAUAGAGAUAUAUCACAGGAUGUAAUUAGAUAUAUAAGCAGCAGUUUACAUAAACACUUGGGCAUAGAGGUUGACUUUUUGUCUUCAUUGAGUUUAGUCACACACAUCUACAUCAACUACCAGGGAAAUAAGUCACAUUGCUGACUAAAAAAUGACUCAUUUUAUCAUGUGUCCUAAAAGGAUACCAAGACAUCUGUCCACAUCAUUUGAGGUGGGCGGUCAUAGUGUGGCGGGUGUGUGUGUGUGUGUGGCUGGGUAAAUACAUUAUGGCAUCUGUCAGUUGAGGUGGUGUAGGAGGAGUGUAAUUGAAUGUCUUUCAUUAACUGAUAAGAGAAUUAUGUUCUCCAGGUACAUCACCCAAUUGAAUUAUAUGACUCUGUCUGCAAACCGGAAUGUGUAAGAUCCUGGUCGAAUGAAACAGACGGAGGCCCAGCCAAAUAGUCAAAGGUUUUGGGGUGGCAGGGUAGCCUAGUGGUUAGAGCGUUGGACUAGUAACCGGAAGGUUGCAAGUUCAAACCCCGAGCUGACAAGGUACAAAUCUGUCGUUCUGUCCCUGAACAGGCAGUUAAACCCACUGUUCCUAAGCCGUCAUUGAAAAUAAGAAUUUGUUCUUAACUGACUUGCCUAGUUCAAUAAAGGUAAAAUAAAAUAAAAAAUUAACGGAACGUUCUGAAUUCAAGAAUACAAAUCAAUUCAUUUUAUCAUUUUAUACUGACUUCUCACGCCCACACACUGUCUGUCUCACUACCCAGCCGACAGAGAUAGUGACCAUGUCCUUGACCAUGUCUCUCCCAAAUCUCUAGUCAGGUCGGCACCAAGCUCAGACAGUCUGUUUAAAAUACCAUAAAGACAUAUUGCUUUACCCUAAUUCUGACUAGGACUACACAUUUAUUGAUUAUGAUUUCAUACAUUCUAAUCAAUUCCAUACAAUUAUAUGUUUCAGGGCGGAAAAUUCUAAUCGUUCGAUUAACAGACAAUUCUCACCUAUCGUUAACAAAUGCCUGCUUUUUCCAAAUCUGUUCACUCACUAUUACCUGAUGCAUGCUCCUGCUGCAGUAACUUACAGUACGUAACUGGCAACUCCAGAGACCCGAUGCAUUGACCCUCUGGGUAAAUGGACUUCAAAUCUUAUUGUGAAGUUGGUCACAUCAGUUAUCCUGUUUUAAAUGCGGAGCACUGUUGCACAAAUUCACGAUAAACCAUGUCAAGUAGGUGUACUAGUACAUUGAUAAUGCAAUGCAUGGAGAUUAUAUAGUAGGAUUUGAUUACUCAGGUCUUUGAUACACUUGUAAAAUGUCUCGAAUGGUAUGAAAUGGAUUGUAUCUAUUCGCUCUUCUCUUUUUGUAUUGUUCAGAGCAACCGGAGGAUUUGAAGCUGUAGCGGCGGGAUUUGAACAGGGUGUCUGUUGUGCUGGCAUGGCAUUCUUCACCCAUCGAUCUUUCUAUUGAAAAAAUAAAUAAAUACGGAAACAAUAUUGUCUUUAAACUAAAUUAAUGCCACAUUUAGAUCUUGAAGGGCAUCUUAACAUGUGAUUCCUAAAAUAUUUCUUAUGGGGAAUAUUAUAAAACAGAUCAAGAAUGUCCCAAAACAAGUUUGAUUGUUUAAAUGGGUGGUAUAGGUUUACUGGAUAACCAAUAGUCAUAUGUUUGAUUGAAACGUCAUUGUUGACUGAAAUAUUUGUGUUGUUUCAUUGGAUGAUAAACAACCUGACCUGAGUGUGUUGAAAGUCAAACGAUUAUAGUGGCGGAUAUGACAGGGUGACUUUAUAUUAUAUAUGCUGGUUAUUAUAUCCACUCGUGUUUUUCUAAUAAAUAAAACAACUUUGCCUCAUCAA